UUAUUAUCAGAGGCGCAGCAUGCACAGGUCCUACCAGCCGCUAAAGCCUGUCACCAACCGCUACCUGCAGCAGAGAUGGGACCAAAACAACUACGACAACCACCGCAGGAAGGUGUACUCCGCCCUGCCCGUGGUGGACAACAAGGGAAUGAGGACGCCAGCUCACGUCCACCUCAAGCUCAAAAAACUACAGCUGCAGGACGAGCGGCUGUCCAUCAUCGACAGAGACAACCGUCUCCUGGCCUCCAAACUGGCCAACAUUGUUUGCUCUAAAGGACUGGUGGACCAUCACAACCAGUACCACCUGAGGAGUCUGAAUGCAGAGAAGAGGAGGGAGGAGCUUCUACAGGUGAGCCGUCAGAAUCAGGCCAUCUACCAGCGAAUCACGUCUCGCCAGUCAGAGCACCGCCGGCAGCUGUGGUUGGACGACUGGGAGAGGGCGGAGCGCCGGCGGAACGACAUAUCCCGAUACCCCCAAGGGCUCGGUGAGAAACAGAGGUCUCACAGGAAGGUGAAGUUUGCGGCCGUGGAGGGCAGCGAGCGGAUGACGAGCUGCAGCAACACCGACACCGACAGGACCGAAAGAGAAACCUGAGACAUAAACACACAACAAACCGACAAACUAUCCUCAGCUCACUGCUUUAAUCAAGAAUGACCCUAAAUUUGGCGUGAAAAAAACAACUACUUCAAGGGUGGUCAAACAUGUGUCAUGGAGUGCUAAUGAGUGGAUUGUCGGCUCUCCAUGACACAUGAUUUUCCCUCUCUGGACUGUGGCAUCAGUUAGGAGCAUGGUCAUAACAGUAUGUCACCAUUCAAACAUGUUAAAAUGCAAACAUGCUUCAACAUUAUGUGUAAAUCUGUUCUCUACAUACUAUCAGCAUGUUAAGACGCUGUUAUCUUAAUGUUUUAUCAACACGUUCGUCACAUAUUGACGUUUGGUCAUGGACCCUCCACUUCCAGAUAUGACAUGAAAGGUACCCUGGAUGUGUUGGUUGUUGACGUGCUAGGACGCCGUGUCAAGUUCUGCCUGUCACAUGUAUUCUCUUCUUUCAAAAUACACUUCUGUUUUCACAGGAAAUUUAACGUUUACAUACAGUCUUUUUCAAAAUAAAAGCACUACAUCGGUACAACAACGCGAAUCAACAUUCUUUUUCCUCCAACAACUAAUGCCCAUGGUUAGGGUUAGGAAAAAUGAACAGGGUUUGGCUUUAGAAUCUUACAGAAUGCGAACACCGCACUCUUGAGUGAAGGUCUGUGUUUUUUGGACCCAUCGCCACCCUUCCUACCCGCCUGCCCCAUUCGGACUUUCGCCACCUCAACUUUCGUCCUUGUCCUGUCGCGUUUCCCCCUGACACCGCCGGGUGCCGUUAACUGUAAUAGCAACCAGCUGUGUGUCAUGCUGACGUUAAAGGACACCUUUUUUCCUUGGUUUCUGAUGCUGCCCAAGCGCCGGAUUUCAAUGACUUCGGAGUGAGACCAGGCUCGUAUUUUACCACCUUGCGUCUCUCUUAUGCUCUUUGCUCAGUCUUCGCCCUCUGCCCGCCUGUUUGGUGCAGACUGUCUCAACAUCUAUCGGAUUGAUUGUAAAAUUAUUAUAAAAUUUUGUUCAAACGUGCAGGUUCCCCUGAGGAUGAAUCCUACGGACUUUGGAGAUCCUCUGACUUUUCCUCUAGCAAAACCAUGAGGUUGAUAUUUGUGUUUUCUAAUGAGAUGUCUCAACAACUCAUUCAUGUUCCCCUCAGGAUGAACUGUAAUAACUUUAAUAAUCCUCUGACCUUUUAUUUAGCGCCAUCAUCAGGUCGUAGUUUAAUGUGUCCAAUACUUUGGUUUAUGACCAAAUACCUGCAGAACUUAAGAAAUUCACAUCAGUCUUUGCUGUGUUUACUGAUAAUUAGCUAAUGUAGGCAUGCUAAUGUUAGCAUUUAGCCUAAAGCACCACUGGUAUGGUAAGGUAAGGUAGGGUGAGGUGAGGUGAGGUCCCAACUUGUUCUUGAUUCCAACAGACAGUGUUAAAAGAAAGAACAGACUCGAUAAAAGCAGAAUAGAACGUUUUUAUUUUCUUGACUACAUCAAAACUCUUGAGCUUUCUUAAAAAGAAUAAGCGUUGGUUUGUCUUCUCACAGAUGCCUGUAGGCUCUUAAUUUCUUUGCUAACUAUUUUAAAAAACCUAAAGUUCUCUAACUUAACUAAACUUUGCAGGUUUUUGCACCACUAGUUUUAAAGAUUUAAGAAGAGAAAAGACAUCUCUUCAAUUUUUAAUCUAUUAAACUAUUUUGGAUGAAGCAUGCUGUAAUGCUUUCUGUCUUGUAGUCUUGAGUUUUGUCUCUUGUGUCUCGUUUAUGUUUAUUGAAACCCAA